AUGUGGAUGCUAAGCUACCCUCAGCCCGUCACACUUCAGCCCGUUUUCUCUCGCUAGGGUUUCACCCGCUUCAAGGGCAAUCCUCGGCGGCGGGGACGAGCCUGCGUGAUCCUGGCAGCGAGGAUGAGCGACGGCGCCGAUAAGCAAGGGAUGAAGAAGGCGGCACAGAAGCUAGUGCAGAGCCUGCAGCAGAUCGUGAACCUCCCCCUGCCCGAGAUCAAGGCGGCGCUGAGCGCUUGCGGCAUGGACACCGGCGCGGCGGUCGCCCGGCUCCUCUCAAAAGGCAAGCAUGAUAUAGCUAAUGAAGAAGAGCAAAAUUCCAAAAGCAAAAAGGAGAAAAUUGAGGAAGAUAACCUGUCUGCGAACGACGAAGAUGAUGAAGAUAGCUCUUCUUCGACACAUGACUUGGAUUUGCCAACAACAUCUUCAGAUGAACUCGACCCUUACAUCGAUACAGAUUUGGAGGAAAACGAUGAUGGUUGUAUUUUCUGGGCUUCUGGGGCUUCUGGGCCUUCAAAGCUUCGGGUUGGUGUGAUGGAGAGCAAAGAUGAAGACGAUGAAGAUCAAAUGAUAUAUCAUCCUUCUAAGAAGCCAAAGCUAGCAACACCAAGUGGGCUGAAUACAGGCAAGAAGAAGACUCCGAAGAAAAAAACUCAAAAGUCAAAGUCGCUCUUCUGCAAGGUCUGCAAGACCAGGGAAUUUGCCAAUUAUCAUCUUCUUCGACGUCACAACAGAUUGGAGCAUGGCAAUCGCACCAUUUAGUAUGCAGUCUAUUUGUUGAUGAGCUGAUUAGCGAAGACUCUUGUUCAUGCUGCUCACCUGAAGAUAUAGAUUCAUGUCAUCUACUGAUGAACGGAAGCCAUGCCUCGAAAUAUUUGUUGUUAGAGCUAGCUGAGCAGAAACAAGACUAUAUAAUCUAUUGUUGAGCAAGUCUUUUGCUUCAGAUUGUAUCAGGAUCAGUACCAUGUGUCUUUGGUUGACUGAGUUUAACAGUAAUGCGGCGAUAGGUGACAGAGUGUGAAGUAGUAUUCCUGUUCCUAUUGAUUUGGAGUCUCUACGGUUCAUCUAGAUUUUAUGUACAUAUGUAGAAUUUGAAUUUCAGUUCUGCUGUGAUAAUUUCCAUUGUUUUUUUCUAGGAAA